AUGAAGCAGAAUCCGAAACGCAUUGGCCGUGUCGACAUCAGUGACUUGAAUGAGGAUCCCAUCGUGUGGACUGUCAUGGGGCGACUGGCAGGUGGUUUUAUUUAUGCUGGCAUCCUGCGAAUGGCAUUUGUCCAUCAGGCUACAUUCUGUGUCAACUCGCUGGCCCAUUGGCUGGGAGAUCAGCCGUUUGAUGCAAGCAAAUCCUCUCGGGAUCAUUUCCUAACGGCCCUUCUUGCUCUGGGAGAGGGCUACCACAACUUUCACCAUGAAUUUCCUUCCGACUACCGCAAUGCGACGAAAUGGUACCAGUACGAUCCGACAAAAUGGGCCAUUUGCAUCUGGGAAUACUUUGGCCUGGCCUACGACGUCAAACAAUUCCAUCCGGAUGAUGUACAGAAGCGGUAUAUCCAACAGCAGCAUGCUAUAUUAGUAAAGCAAGCGGCCAGGCUGGACUGGGGGGUACCGCCUAGCCGAUUACCAGUUCUUGAAUGGGAGGAUCAUUUCGCCUCUCUACGUGCCCUGUUGAUUCUCAGUCUUCCCCUCUCAUGGGUAGCCUCAUAUGGCCUCCUGCAACCAGCACUGGACCUUUUAAAGUCCACUGUACCGACACUAAAAGGGAAACUGGGCACUCUGAUGGGCGUGGUCGGAGUGGAAUCUACCUAUGAUUAUGUGAUUGUCGGAGGAGGCACGGCGGGCAACACCAUUGGCAGUCGCCUGGCCGAAGCAGGAUUGUCUGUCGCCAUCGUUGAAGCCGGCUCAUUUUAUGAAAUUAAAUCACCGCUAAAGUCCACCAUCCCCGCAGGGUAUAAUCUUCUUGUUGGGUCUGACCCGGAAAAUGUCAAUGUCCCAGUGGACUGGGGGAUCGUUACUGUCCCCCAAGCGGGCGCGAAUGGGCGUAGACUGCACUAUGCGCAGGGAAAAUGCUUUGGUGGGUCCUCUGCCCUUAAUGCCAUGAUAUACCAGAGAGGAACAACAGGGUCUUAUGAUCAAUGGGCCACCCUGGUAGAAGAUGAGAGUUAUAAAUGGGAGAAUAUUCUUCCGUUUUUCAAGAAAUCGGUGCAAUUUACGCCGCCUGACACAUCGAAACGGUUCCAGAAUGCGACAACCCUGUUCAAUCCAGACGCAUUCGACAAGGACAGCACAGGGCCCGUUCAAGUAUCUUAUAUCAACUACGUAUCGCCGUUCGCCACGUGGCUGAAGGCAGGUAUGGAAGCAGUGGGGAUUCCUGUGACUGAGGAUUUCAACAGCGGUCACCUUUUCGGAACGCAGUACAAUCCAUCUACUAUCAACCCGAUGGACGAGACUCGCAGUAGCUCAGACACUUUCAUUGGCAGUCUACCUAUUACGAGCAAGCUGCACGUUUACCCCGACACACUCGUCAAAAAGAUUGUCUUUGAUGAGAACAAGCAAGCUACUGGCGUUGACGUGGAAACAGCCGGACGAGGAUACCAUAUCCGAGCUGCGCGAGAAGUGAUAGUAUGUGCGGGUAGCUUCCACUCUCCGCAGGUUCUCAUGGUAUCUGGUAUUGGGCCUGAGAAUACUCUCAAUUCACUCAAUAUACCAAUUGUCUCCAGUCUCCCUGGGGUGGGACAGAAUAUGUGGGACCACCCGUUCAUUGCCCCCUCGUACCGAGUGAGCCUGGAGACAGAGACCCGGAUGGCGUAUGAUAAACUCCAUUAUCUUGAACAGGGGCUUGAGUACGCGAUAGAACAUGAAGGAACUUGGGCCAACACCCAAGAAUUGCUGGGAUGGGAAAAGCUUCCACGUUCCCAUCGCUUGAAUUUGUCUCACAGCACACUUGACGAUCUUUCACGAUUUCCCAGCGAUUGGCCGGAGGUAGAGUACCUUCCAGCAAAUGGAUUCAUCGGCAAUUUCAGUGACCUUAUGGGUCAACAACCAGCAGACGGAUAUCAGUAUGCGACCAUUGUCGGUGUCCUAAUCGCGCCGACCUCGCGGGGAAACGUCACCAUCCGCAGUAACUCCACAUCCGAUCGGCCUAUCGUAAGCCCAAACUGGCUGACCACAAAGACUGAUGUGGAGGUUGCAGUCGCAAUAUACAGGCGGAUGAGAGAGAUCUGGCAAAGCGAACCACUUCAAUCAAUCGCGGUUGGGAACCUGUCCUAUCCACUUCAUGAGGACCAAUCGGAUGAGGAAAUCAUCCAGUUUAUAAGAGAAUUGUUGAUGCCACUGUGGCAUCCAGCCUGCACCUGCAAGAUGGGUGUACGUAGUGACCCAAUGUCUGUCGUUGAUAGUCACGCCCGAGUCUAUGGAGUUGACCGGCUUCGAGUGGUUGAUGCCAGCUCUUUUCCUCUCUUGCCGCCUGGACAUCCUCAAAGUACAGUCUAUAUGCUGGCUGAGAAAAUUGCCCACAGUAUAAUAAGCCACUUGGGGAAGAAAUGA